AUUUAGCAAAAAUAAUAUUGAUAUAGUACUUUUGAAAAAAUACGUGUCAUUCUCAAACGUUGUGCGGGAACCCGCGAGGCGCGUUCACGUCUCAGGCGAGAGGAGCGUAUUUCGGAAGACUUUCAGGAUUCGGGAUCAGGUCAGGACGUCCAGGCUCGGAAACAAGUUCGGUACCGGAAGGUCCAAAAACGUGAAAAUAGCGAGCAAAUAUGGAGAAGAAGUGGCGGGCGAAUUGAACCUCCACCCCGGGGCCUGGCGGUGCCAUGGCGUCCCGGUUGCUGGACCGCUUGAAGCGCUCGCUCUUUAAAGGCGAUCAGGGGGCGGGGCCUGAGCAGGAAGCUGCGGGCGCAGCGGCAGAGCGGGGGUGGAGCGAGGACCGCUGGGAGGCGGAGCUCGAAGAGGAGGACGAGUGCGUGACGGAGCGACUCGGCGGCACGCUGUCCUUCGGCAGCCGUGGCGAGGCGGAGGAUGAGGCGGAGGGGGAGGGGUCGGGGCUGGACAGCGACUCGGACUUCCUGGGCGAAUCCAUAGAGGAGGGGCUUAGCAGUACAGACGCCAGUCCUGUCGGCCCCUCCCCCUCCGGCCCGCUGACUCGGCAGCUGCAGGACGGCUGGCGGAGCCUGCGUGGGCUGGGCGGAGGAAGCCCCGCCCACAAGAUGCAUCGCCAGGCGGACAGUUUGUCGUUUGAGGUGACGGACGCCAGCGUGGUGCAGGACGGCGCCUCCAAGUACGUGCUCUACACCGUCCACGUGGUCCAGUCCGGCGGCAGCGACAAGACCCCGGCCGUCAUCACUCGCCGCUAUUCCGACUUCCGCCGGCUGCACGCCACCCUGCGCCGUCGCCACGGGGACCAGAUGGAGCGCGUGGUCUUCCCGCGUAAGAAGAUGCGCAAGAACUUCACGGCCGAGACCAUCGCCAAGCGCAGCCGCGCCUUCGAACAGUACCUGUCUCACCUGUGCGCCCUCUCUGGCCUUGGGGGGGCGCUGUGCGUGCGGCAGUUCUUCUACCUGGCCGACCUGCAGACUGGACAGCUGCUCAUCAGGGUGGGGCGGUACCAGGACGCCCUGGGUCCGCUGCUCAACGCCAAGAGGCUUCAGGACAAACUGGGCGGGGCCAUCCCCUGCGAUCCCGAUUGUCCGGCCCCCGCCUCCCCCGGGCUCCUCCACUGGCUGUUCACACUGGUGGGACUCGCCUGUUGCUUCCAGGAAGUGGACCAGCAGGAGGAGGCCCGGGACCACGUGGACCGCGCCCUGCGGCUCCUGGCCCCCGCCGGCGAGACGCCGGGUCCGGACAGGCCACACCCACUCCUGCUGCCGCUCCUACGGGCCGCCGUGCGCCUGUCCUGGCAGACGGGGAGGGACAAGCGGCGGUGGGAGGAGCUUCUGCGGGCGCUGGAGGAGCAGUGGGCGGGGCUUGGCGAUCAGCCAAGCAUCAAGGAGUUUCUGGUCAAAUGUGACCUGCAGGAAGACCAGGAGGAGGUCUAGUCGCGCACGUGCACGCCCGUGCACGCACGUGCAUGCACGUGCACGCCCGUCACGCACGUGCACGCCCGUUAACAACAAACAGUAGGGCAUUCCUUUUAUUACAGGUUUUAUUAUGAUUGCUAGAUGUCAUAUUUCCUUUAUUUUGAAGAAAAACGGGAUAUUUUCUAUUGGAUAUUAAACGGAUUGUAAAUAAAUAUUAGUAUCAUAGUUCUUAGAAAAUAUGCGGGGAGGAAAAUGUUAUGUCUUUUCAUAGAAGAUAUGCUUUUUAUUGAGUCAAAUACGUGUGUGUGUGUGUGUGUGUGUGUGUGUGUGUGUGUGUGUGUGUGUGUGUGUGUGUGUGUGCUGCUGCUGGUUGAAACUUGCUUGUAAGGUGGCAAGAGUGGAUGUGGUUGCCAUGGAGACCAGUGUGCGGGAUGGAAAUAGACUCUUGAUUUAAGGGAACAUGCGACCGUGAUGAUGUCAUCGCGUCGCUUUUAUAAAAUCUGACUUUAGUUGAACGCCAGUCUACUUUGUUGCAUUUUAAAGGGGAGCAGAAGUGGAAAGUGUUUAUUUGGGCAGUUCUCUCUGGCGCCACACUGUGGUCACUUGGGUGUUGCCAGCUGCCAUGUCCUGCUAGAGCAGGGGUCGGCAACCCAAAAUGUUGAAAGAGCCAUAUUGGACCAAAAAUACAAAAAAAAAUCUGUCUGGAGCCGCAAAAAAUUAAAAGCCAUAUUACAUGUGUCAUGAGAUAUAAAUUUAAUUAAGAGGACUUAAAGGAAACUAAAUGAGCUCAAAUAUAGCUACAAAUGAGGCAUAAUGAUGCAAUAUGUACAUAUAGCUAGCCUAAAUAGCAUGUUAGCAUCGAUUAGCUUGCAGUCAUGCAGUGACUAAAUAUGUCUGAUUAGCACUCCACACAAGUCAAUAACAUCAACAAAACUCACCUUUGUGCACUCACGCACGACGUUAAAAGUGUGGUGGACAAAAUGAGACAGAAAAAGUGGCAUAAAACACGUCCUAGAAAGUCGGAGAAAUGUAUACAUGUAAACAAACUAUACGGUGAGUUCAAGGACCGCCAAAAUAAGUAGGACAAAACGGCGCUCGCCAAAUACUCGAAUGAGUGAAGCAUAUUUAAUAUAAACAGUGUGAUUUAUAACAAUUAGGGGGUUUGUGUCAUGUUUGUCCUCCUACAGAAACCAUACUAAAACAAAAAAUACAUUUUUUCCCCUCAUCUUUUUCCAUUCUUCAUACAUUUUUGAAAAAUCUCCAGAGAGCCACUAGGGCGGCGCUAAAGAGCCGCAUGCGGCUCUAGAGCCGCGGGUUGCCGACCCCCGUGCUAGAGCACAGGUGUCAAACUCAAGGUCCGGGGGGGUAGGGGGGUGCCAGUUCGUGGCCCGGAAGUAAC